GGAUCCCGCCGCGCGCCGGAGUUGCGCCUCGAUGGCGCGCCCCCAGGAGCCUUCGCAGGGAGACACCCACGCCGCUCAUGAGAUCGGGGAAGCUCGUCUCUUGCGGGGCUCGGCAGGAGCUCCGCUCCUCCUUGACCAACCCGAGUCCCAGCUCCGAACACGCCUUCCUGGACGUAGUCUCCCUCCUGCCCAAGCGCUCGCCCGGCGGCGACAGCACCCUCGCCAACAGCAGCCUUGCGCCUUGGGCGCAAAGGAGUUAAGUGGGUGGAGCUGCGCCGCGCGGAGAAAGAGGCGGCCUCUCCGGCGCUGCUCUUUGCCCAGCCUUCCCCCGGCGAGCCCGCACGGACGGCUUCCCCCUGCCGAGGCGGGGCGCGGCGAGCCGGCGUCCGGCUCAGGCGCUGCAGCGAGUAGGGCGUCUGGGGAAGCCAGCGCGGCGCCCGCAGCCCUCGGGAUGGAGCAGCUCCUGGAUCUCCUGCUGCGCCUCUUCGGCUUCUGGUUCUCCGCGGUCUUCCUGCUCAUCGUGCUGCCCUCCAUCUUCGGCGUGUCCUUGGGGAUCUCGGAGCUGUACCUCAAAGUCCUGGUGAAGACCUUGGAGGUGAGUCGCGGCUCUGCGCUGCCUGCGCAAAGGGCGACGCGUGCCGCCCCCUCGGGGCUGCCUCUCCAAAAUGAGCCGCAGAGCUUUCCUCCCUGUUUCCCGAUCCCCCCCAAGGUAACGCUUCGCCGCCUGCUUUCUCCUUGCUGCGCUUCCCCCCAUUCCGCCCCCCCCAUGCCCUAAACAACAGCUGACCUUUCUUGCGUGAUUCAGCGGUUUGCAACGCGGAGGAGGGCGUGGACGUCCUCGCACCCGCGAUGCUUUUUAUUUUUAUUUUGCACUUCAAUGAAAUGGGCCUUUGGGAAGCCCCGAGAGGGUCUCGGACGCGAACAAUGGCAGCUCUUUAGGGAUCCCCUCCCUCCCUAAAAAUCCUAGAUUCAGUUCUGCGGAGGAGCGAACGCGAGGCUGACCUCCAAUUCGUCGCUGCGCCUGUCAUUCAGUUCUCCCAAAAAAAUCCAUUUUCGCGUUGCAUCCCCGGCGUUAGCCAAUCGGGGAACGCAGAUACGCGCACACCCAAAGAUAAUAAAGGGCUAUAGGCUCGAGAGAUGUCUCCUCUGUGUUGUUCCACCGACAGGUUAGUGCAUUUAACCCGCCCCGCCCCCCAUAAAAUACGCUUUAUGCUUAUUGAUUCUGCUUUGUUGUGAGAUUAUGUUGGCUUCACUCUAGAGAUGUCUGCAGUGCCUCGGAUAGUUUCUUCUUAUGGGGGAAAAACGGCCUACUGGUCUUAUUUAAAAGCCUGAAGGACAUCCGUUCUCCCCCAUGCAGAGCAUCUGGGAUGCAUCCUUCCCAUGUAGUGCCUCUACCUCAUUUUUGUGUGAUUUCUGGUUUCCUUGUUUUUCUAGAGGUUGGUUUUAUCCUUAUCCUCCCUCCCUGAUGGUUUGGGCUACAGCUCCCAUCACUGCUGGCUGGGGCUUAUGGGAGUUGUAGUCCAAAACAUAGGGAGGGCACCAGGUUGGUUAAGGCUGGCUCUCAUGAUAUAUAUAUUAAAUGCUUUGGACACUUAUAUAUAUGCAGACACACAAUGGCAGAGUCAAGCCAAUAGAAGAAAAGAUUGAUGGUGAGCCUAUUCAUGGAGCAGGUAAAGAAAAACCUUGUCUCCUCUUAACAAAAUGCAUAGUUGUUGCGAUGGUAAAUUCAGUCGCUUGCCAGAGCCACCCAGCCUAUUGUCAGCAGCUCCCAAGGCCUGUUGACAUCCAACCACCAUGUGUAGAAUGCAAGUGCUCUCCAGAGACUGAAAUCUGAUCUUCAGGAGCAUGACUAACUCAGCGUCCUCUUCUUAAACCGUCUUGCUUGCCUUUCAUCGUUGGAAGAUGAGUUAUGGGAUCUUGGUUUAUUUUGGACUUGCAUCUGGCUAUUAAUGAAUCUUGUUUGUUGGGCAACAAAACCAGGAACUUAAAGGAAAAGUGCUUAAAGCAAAAGGAGAACAAUUUAAGGCUGGAGGUGGACAUAAAGAGUUGCCCUUUGGACUCCACUUACUGACUCGUGGUGGAAUAGCAAAAUACUGUCCUGCAAUAUUUUUCUUCAUCCGAAGCAGGUUUUAAUUAACAGUGCUGGGAGAGAGAAUGGACUCUAUUGUCCUUCUCUCCCUGUAUAAAGCUGCCAUUCAGUUGCCUUAGACCCAGAAUCGUGCUUAUACUCUUGCGAUGAAGUCCUAAUUCAUCAUGCAAAGGGGUUAUGCCCAUAGUCAGUUUUGUUCUUGGUAAAUAACGCAAAGGAUGCUUCCAGACUCGCUCCUUUUGGGUGGGAUUCAGUCACAUACUGGCCAAUUCAGGUUGUGCAAUGAAAGCUGAUUUGGAGCUCUCUUGACAACAACACUGCUUCCCCAAAAGGCUGGUCAUUUUGCAGUAAGGGCAUGGUGGGAAAGUGUGGGAUGAAACUUGCUUGAUCUAAUCUCCCCGCAAAUCGUGAUGACUGCACAAUAAACAGGUCAUCUGGAAAGGGACCUUGGAGUCACAGCUGUGGUCUGCUGUGUGAAGUUAGUAUUGCAAGUUGUGGCAUUUCAUGAGCAUAACAACUUCAUUGCACUGAGUCUUUCACUGAAGAUAUAGGGUGCCUUUGUCUUGCAUCAGCUGCAGCAUACAUAAAUAUGCCUUCAAGAGCAUCGUUCAGAGACCAUAGGUAAAGGGAACCCUGACCAUUAGGUCCAGUUGUGACCGACUCUGGGGUUGCCCGCUCAUCUCGCUCUAUAGGCUGAGGGAGCUGGCAUUUGUCCGCAGACAGCUUCUGGGUCAUGUGGCCAGCAUUACUAAGCCACUUCUGGUGAACUAGAGCAGCACAUGGAAACACCGUUUACCUUCCUGCCGGAGCGGUCCCUAUUUAUCUGCUUGCACUUUGAUGUGCUUUUGAACUGCGAGGUUGGCAGGAGCAGGGACCGAGCAACGGGAGCUCACCCUGUCACGGGGAUUCGAACCGCCGACCUUCUGAUCGGCAAAUCCUAGGCUCUGUGGUUUAACCCACAGCGCCACCCGCGUCCCUUCAGAGACCAUACUGCUGUACUAAACUUCUUAACAUUGCUAAACAUCAUGACAUUGCUGGAUCUGAAGGCCUUGUCAUGGAAGUCAUAAUUAAAUGCAUUCAACCACUGUCACAACUUGGAGUUUCCACACCCUGAAACCAUUUAUCGACUAGUGCUGGGACAUUGUGAUCCAGGCCUUGGACACAUAAGCAUACAUAACUGUUCUGUUGAGAUCAGUGGGGCUUUCAUUCAAGUCAGUGUGCUUAGGAUGAUUAUGAAGAUGAUUAAUUUUGUAUACCGCCCUUCAUCACAAGGUCACAGGGCGGUUCACAACAUAAAAAUACACAAUAGUGUUGGAGGUGACAAGAAUUAGCCAGAUGCUGUUCAUCACAGGGUCGACUAUGAAUAGUAGAGCCUUAAAAACAAUCGGCUGUCUCUGUUUACUUUCUUCAUGGGGUUGCUAUGAGGAUAAAAUUAGAUAGCUCCAUAAUAAGCAUCCCUGGGCUCCUUGGUGGAAGAAAAGUAGCGGAUACUGCUUUGAUUCCAGGACUCAACACAGCUAAAACAAGCUAGCUGGGAAUGAGGGCGAGACGGGGCAUGUCAGUGCAGAGGGGAUCCUUGCUGGAUCGGGCCAAAGGUCCAACUAACCCAGACUUCUGCUCCCCAAUAACCAAGGAGAAGCCUCUGGAGAAGGGCAUGAGCAGGGUUUGUAGGACAGUAGAAUAGGAGGCAUGUGAUUGAUUAGUAGAGCCGCCUCCUGGUUCACCAAGAAGCGGUGAAGUGUUCGCUUCGGCAGCACAUAUACUAAAACAAGAAGCGGUGAAGUUCGCAGGUUGAACCCCUAAUAUCGCCAGGUAAGAGGUCCCCUGCUGAAAUCCUGGAGGAAUGCUACCUACUAAGCUCGAUGGAGAUCGCCGAAGAAUUGAUGCUUUUGAAUUAUGGUGCUGGAGGAGACUCUUGAGAGUCCCAUGGACUGCAAGAAGAUCAAACCUAUCCAUCCUUAAGGAAAUCAGCCCUGAGUGCUCACUGGAAGGACAGAUCCUGAAGCUGAGGCUCCAGUACUUUGGCCACCUCAUGAGAAGAGAAGAUGCCCUAGAAAAGACCCUGAUGUUGGGAAAGAUUAAGGGCACAAGGAGAAGGGGACGACACAGGACGAGAUGGUUGGACAAUGUUCUCGAAGCUACCAGCAUGAGUUUGACCAAACUGCGGGAGGCAAUGGAAGACAGAAGUGUCUGGCGUGCUCUGGUCCAUGGGGUCAUGAAGAGUCGGACACGACUAAACGACUAAACAACAACAAAAGCUCGAUGGAUGGUCAUCGGACUUGGUAGAAGCCAGCUUCCUGUAUUCCUGUGAACAGGUCCUGAGGGUACUCUAGAGACCCAAGAGUCAUAGCUGAGGCCUUAACUCCUUUGCUGUCAUAGCUCUGUGGGAGUAGGCAAGGAGACAGGUUUGAAAAGGAAUGGGAACUGAAAAAUAUGGGUCAAAACAUCACUCCACACAAUGGUGGGUAGCCACGAUGGCUGUGUUGUACCUCCACCAUUGGAAUACCAGCAUUUGGGAACUGCAAGGCAAGUGAAGAGAGUGUUAUUGUGCUCAGGAACUGCUUGUGGGCUUCCCACCAUAAGGGUUUGGGUAGCUAUUGUGCAGGACGCAGGUGGCAUUGUGGGUUAAACCACAGAGCCUAGGGCUUGCCAAUCAGAAGGUCGGUGGUUCGAAUCCCCGCGACGGGGUGAGCUCCCGUUGCUCGGUCCCUGCUCCUGCCAACCUAGCAGUUUGAAAGCACGUCAAAGUGCAAGUAGAUAAAUAGGUACCACUCCAGCGGGAAGGUAAACGUUGUUUCCGUGAGCUGCUCUGGUUCGCCAGAAGCGGCUUAGUCAUGCUGGUCACAUGACCCGGAAGCUGUAUGCCGGCUCCCUCGGCCAAUAAAGCGAGAUGAGCGCCGCAUCCCCAGAGUCGGCCACGACUGGACCUAAUGGUCAGGGGUCCCUUUACCUUUAGCUAUUGUGCAGUGUUCAAAAUUUGGCAAGCACAUUUUGCACCUGGCUUUCGACCGCUUGUGGCCAGGUGAAGAUGCCUGGGUACCAGCAUGGCGCCUGACAUCUCCACCAUCUGGGGAUCAUUGGAUCUGUUUUCACACACUAAUACCCCAUCCUAUAGAAUUCUAUCAGUUCUAUUUUAUCUGCACAAUCGGAAUGAAUUUCUGAAUCCAAAAUGCUUUUUCUGUGCAGCCUGAGCAGGAGCAGUCACCAUUAAGAAAAAGAGGUCAGAACAGGCCAAUAUAUAUAUGUAGACUGUCCCUGGAUCAAGUAGCUUUUCUUCUUUUAAGUUCUUAAAACUCUUAACCUAGCUCAAGGUUGUCAUCGGAACUAGCCUAGCCAGAUGUUUAACUGAUAAUCACAGUCAGUCAACCAUUUGAAAAAUAAGAAUUUAGAGCCGUCUUGCCCCAAAAUGGCAACAUCAGUUUUAGUUGAGUUGCUGAAACCUAUUUGAUUGGAACUGGUUUGCGUCAUCUGUUCCUGUGUACUCUGUGGGGAUUAAGUUAUUAUAGUUGUUAGGUGUUACCUUGUUGAAGUAGUCUGUUGUUUGAAAACCAGUAAGAUUACAUAUUACUACUACACCUUAAAACCUGUAAUUAUAUUAUACAGUUAACAGGGAUGAGGAUCACAUGUUACAAUCUGCAUGCAGGUUUCAGAUUAAUUUCUACUGAGAAAUGCAAUCAAAAGAUGUCCAGAUACUUGUUUUAAAAACUGCCAGCGAGGAAGGAGAUUCCAAGCAGAAGUGUUGGUUUCUCAAGAACAUCUUUCUCCCUCCUGCUCUACUUCUUCCUCUCCCCAAAACAUGAACAUAUGGGAGUUGUUGGCGUGUCUUUCAAUUUUUCAUAUCAUUGUUGACAUACAUGAGCAGGAGAAGACUUGAGUAGGUGCUGCUGGCUGUUUUUCAAGCUCUUUCCUCAAAUCCAUUUAUAGAUCCAUCUUCAGACUAUUUAUCUUGGACUGGUAGCUUAGAGCUCAUACCUGGAUUGCAACCAGCCAUGCCGCAACUCCCUGUCCCUAUAGGUGAUUGGAGCAAAUACUGUUUAGUGCAGAGGGGUAGGUUCUUCAUUAGAAGGCUUGAAGUUGAGGCUAGAUACCACCUUUUGAAGAUGCAGUAGAAAUUCCUGGACCAACAGGAGGUUGUUGCUAGCUGCCACAACUUUGAUUGGUUGUGUAGUGCUGUCACAGGCGUGUGAUCCAACCGAUCUAUGUGGGAAGCAGAUUUCUGGUGGCUGCGAUGGUCUACUUGCAGAAGUUUCUUUUGAGUUGGGCUGUGGUGACAAGCCUGUAGAUAGGAAAAGGCAGUGAGCAUGAGCUGGGGCUGAAAUAAUUGUUUCCUAUGAACCUGGCUUGGCAUAUCUACCUGGGGUGGUGGUGGGAGGAGAAUGGCUCUUAAUGUCAGAAGAAUGCUGCCGGUUCAGGGGCAAAUGCCCAUCUAGUCCAGCACUUUGUUCUUACGGCGGCCAAGAAGAUGUCCAUGGAAAGCCGGCAAAGAGAACAAAAAACUUAAAAGCCACAUUGACAGGGCUUGAGCUAGAUGACCCUUGACUUCUCUCCAAUUCUUUAAUUCUGUGGCACAGUAGCAACUAGAAUAUGAUUGAAGGUGUGGUGCUGGUUUUUUUUUUGUAUGGAAAACUUGAGAAUGGGGAACUGAAUGCUCAAGUACGGUAGCUAUUAGCGCAUUACCAAUACAGUAUUAAUUCAAAUAAGUAUAUCUCUUAAGGCAACUCUUAAAUGGAUAAUAGUCACCAUAAAAACAUACAUACAGUCAUACCUCGGGUUAAAGUAGCUUCAGGUUGAGCGUUUUCAGGUUGCGUUCUGCGGCGACCUGGAAGUAACGGAACGGGUUACUUCCGGGUUUCGCCGCUAGCGCAUCAAAAUGAUGUCACUUGCAUGCGCAGAAGCGGCGAAUCCAGACGCGCAGACACGGGUUGCGUUCUGCUCAGGAUGAGAAUGGGGCUUCGGAACGGAUCCCGUUCGCAUCCAGAGGUACCACUGUACCAAUAAGAUGUUAGAAAUGAUAAAAGGAUCUCUUGCGAGCAUCUCUUGCAACAACAAUAUUUAGAUCAGGAAGAUGAACUAAAUCAGAAUUAAUACUGCACAUUUGCCUUAUCUGUCCCUUUUCUUCUUUACAAAACAGUGGGCCACGCUGCGUAUUGAGAAACAGAGAGAGGCACAGAGGCUUCCUUCUUCAAAUGGUAAGGGUUUUCUUAAAAAUUAGAACUGUUGCCCCAUUAUAACAAGAAUGGCUGUUUGGAAGGGGGGGGGGGGAGAAAUGGUCCUGAAAUCUGAUGUAAAAAUCUUACAAUACUUGGCUGUCAUCUAAUGGUAGAGACACUCAUGUGGGUCCAUCAAGGGUGUUAAACCAAGUCUUCUGUAUGGGGGUCUUGAUGUGAUAGUCCUGGAACCCUGAUUGCCUGACCCACAACUGCCUGUGUUAGUCAUUUGGGACGCAUAAGUGUGGCUUUUAAGUAAAACAACUUUUGCAAUGUUUUCCUUCCUGGAUGCUUAGAGGAGGUUCCUUCUUGCCCCAGGUGGCUGUUUACAAGCUUGUGCGGAUCCAUUUGGUUCACGUUGCCCAAAGACAGUGGAAGUUUUGUUCACUAGUUGCCCUUCCUUUUCAUAAUUUUGGAAAGUGAUGCCGGAUUGCAAGCUGAGCCCAUGUCCCCUUUAGUAAAUAAGGCCUCUAUGUCAGGUUUGAGAAAGAACAACUCACUUCAUCCCUGACCAUUUGGCAUGCUGGCUGGGGCUCAUGGGAGUUUGGAGUCCAUCAAUAUUUGGAAGGCUCACAGCUUAGCCACCUCUGAUGCAGAUGCACCCACUGGGUUCCAGGUAGCUUUAAUUAGGAGAUUAAUCAAUCAAGCAAACAUUUUGUUGAUUAAUUGGUGUGGUAGGUGUUAAGGUUGGGCUCAAGCAAACAUAAUACAAAAUUAUGGUUUCGGCACUACAUAGACUAGUCUUGGGGGACGCGGGUGACUCUGUGGGUUAAACCACAGAGCCUAGGACUUGCCGAUCAGAAGGUCGGCGGUUCAGAUCCCUGCGACGGGGUGAGCUCCUGUUGCUCGGUCCCAGCUCCUGCCAACCUAGCAGUUUGAAAGCAUGUCAAAAUUCAAGUAGAUAAAUAGGUACUGCUCCAGCAGGAAGGUAAACGGCGUUUCCGUGCGCUGCUCUGGUUCGCCAGAAGCAGCUUAGUCAUGCUGGCCACAUGACCCGGAAGCUGUACGCUGGCUUCCUCGGCCAAUAAAACGAGAUGAGCGCCGUAACCCCAGAGUCAGCCAUGACUGGACGAAAUGGUCAGGGGUCCCUUUACCUUUUUAGACUAGCCUUGAAGAAUUUGUGUGCUUCUUGCACAAAGCAAUUCUCAGUCUUGGUCUCAGGCAAACCAUAGUUUAUUUUUUCCAAAUGACCAAACUAUCGUUUGUGCUUGCCUGCAAACCAAGACCACAGGUUUGUCAGUUUGGUACAGAACACUGUUUUGCACUAGGAGUGGAGAGAUGCGGAUUCGAAUCCCCGCUUGGCUGUGAAGCUCGCGGUGUAGCUUUGCACCAGUCACCUUUUCUCGGCCUAUCCUGUCUCACAGGGCUGUUGUGAGAAUGAGAAUUGGUGUGGCAGAGAAGAGCCAUAGAUAUUCCCUAAGCUCCUUUGGCGGGAGGGUGGCAUUUUUUAAAACAACAACAUAGUAAGUUGAUUAAAUCUGUCCUUUCUCGGAUUUACUUUACUUGCUCUGGUAUCUUUAGUUGCAACACAUUUUUUCCCCACUUGAUUCCUUUGCACUUAAGGAAAGGUGGUUGCUUAAUACAACUUCCAUUUAACCAAGAUUUUGAAAUUGUGGUUUCAAUGCUCAGCGGUUGUCAAUAGGCCAUGGUUGACCGGGUGGAAAAGAAUUACGCUGCUUUUACUUUUGUCAUCACUAGCUUGAGGUUUUGAAGACUUCUGUUGUUACUGCUUGAUAUCCCUACCCCACCCAGAAGAGGGUAAAAGGAGGGUGGAUUCACUUCUCUGAAUGUUUCUUUUACCCCUGUGCUGUCUCUGCUUCCUGCUUCCCUGGCAUCCCUUUGAGGCUUGCUCCAGUUCUCUCUGCGAAUGUGACCCCUGCUUUACUCAGUGUUGCACCUCCUUCUUCUAUAGCGCAUUGUUAGCUAAAACGCCGCCCCGGGCUUGCAUAAUUCAUCACUGUCAGGCCGGCCUCGAGGAACAAGAUCUGUGGGGAGUCUCUUCCCUUCACCAGCUGUUGACUUGGAGGAUUGUAUUAUUCUCUUGAGACCACAGAAACAACUCUUUCAUUCCCCCCCGCCCCCCGUGCAUUGCAUUGGGGACCUCGGGUUGUUCCAGAGUUGCCCUGUUAUCUCUCCUCCGGUUUGGGUUCCAGCGCAUUGGGCAAUGGUGCGGCAGCCAGAAAUCCAGCCUUUCCUCCUGACUCAGGAAAGAUAGUAAAUAUGUAGUUAUCAGGAAAACAGAAGCUUCACUUCCUGAAGUGAAUUUUCCCAAUUGCCGCAGGUGGAUGAACAGAUGGGGAAGUGGGUGGGUUCUGCUUGAAGCAGCCAUGAUUUUACCCUGGGGGAAAGCAGCUGACAGGUAAUUGAGGGAAACACCUUGUUGUUGUUUAGUCGUUUAGUCGUCGGACUCUUCGUGACCCCAUGAACCAGAGCAUGCCAGGCACUCCUGUCUUUCACUGCCUCCCGCAGUUUGGUCAAACUCAGGCUUUUAGCUUCGAGAACACUAUCCAACCAUCUCAUCCUCUGUCUUCCCCUUCUCCUUGUGCCCUCCACCUUUCCCAACAUCAGGGUCUUUUCCAGGGAGUCUUCUUUUCUCAUGAGGUGGCCAAAGUAUUGGAGCCUCAGCUUCAGGAUCUGUCCUUCCAGUGAGCACUCAGGGCUGAUUUCCUUUAGAAUGGAUAGGUUUGAUCUUCUUGCAGUCCAUGGGACUCUCAAGAGUCUCCUCCAGCACCAUAAUUCAAAAGCAUCAAUUUUUCAGCGACCAGCCUUCUUUAUGGUCCAGCUCUCACUUCCAUACAUCACUACUGGGAAAACCAUGGCUUUAACUAUACGGACCUUUGUUGGCAAGGUAUAAUUAUUAUUUAUUUAUUAGGGCCACAGCAGAAUAUGCCCAUUUUCAGGUCACUGCCUCUGAUAUUCUGUAGGGUGUGGCAUCAUGAGUAGAAUUUUCCCAGAUUAUCUAAGUAAUCUUACAAGUCUACACAGGGGCAGGUGGUCUUUUAGGUAGCCAAGCACACUGGAAGUGCGAUCCCCACUCAACGGAGCAAGCCAUUAAUGUAGGACCAAAGCAUCACCUCUACCUCCACACUCCCAAUCAAUUUAUGCAAUUGGUUAUUUGAAAGCUGGUAUAGCAGAUGUGUUGCAGAAAGCUGAUGAUGGAUGAAGUAAUUCCAAUUGGUUUCAGCCAAACCACAUGUGGGAGCAAGGCUUUCCCGCCCAGGGAGUCACCGGGCUAAUGGGACUUUGGCAAAAUUAUUUUCUGCUGAUCUCUUAGAUAAAAUGUUGACGCCCGAUCCCUUUAAUGGCAGGUAUAAACUGACCUUGUGGAAAUGGUACCAGGUGUUGCCUGGAACUUGUGUUGCAGAUAAUUGACCUGCCUAUUGCCUGGCUUCGUUUUCUCAUUGAGCUAUAAUGUGCUUUUUAUUUAUUUAUUCCCUACCUGAAGUUAUCAUACAGAGGGACCAGACCACCAUGGAGAAAGCCAUUGCUGGCCUGCGCCAUGGGGACUUUGAGCUCUCCGAUGUGUUUUACUUCUGCAAAAAGGGGUAUGAAGCGAUUGUGGAAGAUGAAGUCACCCAGAGGUUCACCUCGGAGGAGCUGGUCUCCUGGAACCUCCUCACCAGGACCAACGUCAACUUUCACUACAUCAGUUUACGGCUGACCAUCGUGUGGGUCAUUGGCGUCUUUGUGCGCUACUGUCUCCUGUUGCCUCUUCGGUGAGCCUGUCUCUGUGUGUGGACGUAGGAAGCUGCCUUUAAACAGAGUCAGGGCGUGGGCCCAUCCACGUUCACCAUUGUCCACACCUUGAGUAGCCAGUGGGCAACCUGUCCAGACGAUCUAUCUAUCAUCUAAAAUUUAAAAAAAUCAGUGAAAAAAUAAUGUGAAAGAAAAGAAAGAUGAAUAAUGUGAAAGCAGGGUGGAUUUGAUUUAAAUCAAAUCAAUUUACAGUGGUACCUCUGGAUGCGAAUGGGAUCCGUUCCGGAGCCCCAUUCGCAUCCUGAAACGAACGCAACCUGUGUCUACGCAGGUUGUGAUUUGCCGCUUCUGCGCACGCACGUGAAGUCAUUUUGAGCAUCUGCACUUGCGUGAGCGGUGAAACCCGGAAGUAACUCGUUCCGUUACUUCUGGGUCGCCGCAGAGUGCAACCUGAAAACGCUCAACCCGAAGCUACUUCAAGCAGAGGAAUGACUGUAAAUCAUGAUUUAAAUCGUGGUUUAAAUCACUAGUUAGUAAGAGAAGCCAAGUUACAGGGAACCAAGCAGAGGGCCUUCUCAGUAGUGGCACCCACCCUGUGGAAUGCCCUCUCACCAGAUGUCAAAGAGAAAAACAACUAUCUUACUUUUAAAAGACAUCUGAAGGCAGCCCCGUUUAGGGAAGUUUUUAAUGACUGAUGUUUUAUUGUAUUUUUAAUAUUUUGUUGGAAGCUGCCCAGAGUGGCUGGGGAAACCCAGCCAGAUGGGCGGGGUAUAAAUAAUAAAUUAUUAUUAUUUAAAUAAUUUUUUUUUACAGAAAUACUCAUUCUUGCUGGGAUAAUCUUAAUGUUUACAACAAGAUGAAGGUCUCAUUUUUGGAAUAAUAAAUUUUCAGAGUAGUUUUUUCAGUUAUAUCAGAAAUUACUGAUUUGGUUAUGCUAUUAGAAAUACAUAGACAGAUAACUUAUUAAACCUCACAAUAAUUUCAUAAUUAACCGUUUAUAUUUGGACAACCUUUCUGCCGUACUUUAUUAGAAGGAGAGAAAAAAAUCAUUUCCUUAAUAACAAUUGAAACUAUUUAUUUAACAAAAACUGAUUCUGUGUAUAUAAAUUUGCAAAGGAACAAUGGGAUUAAGGUUUUUCCUCAACUCUGUUAUGUUUAUUUUAGAACAUUUUUCCCGUGAAGGAAAGGCAUGUUAUCUCUGCAGACACAAAUCCACACUUUAGAGUCCUGCAAAAACAAGCAUCUGCGAUAAUAUUGUUUCGUUAGAAAAACUGCCCCAAAUAACCUUACAGAAACCUCUGGAAGAGCAUGACAUUGUGAAUGGAUCAAUGGAAUUCAUUUACCAAAAAAAUUAAACAUUGCAUAUAACGUCUCAUGCUAAAUAAUUAAAAACAAACCCUUAUUUCCUGAUGAAUAGCCUUUGGGCUAUAAUGUAAAUUAACUAGAAAACUAUCUUUAGAAAGAUUUUCCCUCCAAAAGCAUUUAAUUUUAAGAAGUCGGAUUUAAAUUAAAAAACUAAUUUUUGGACAUAUGUAUUUUUAAAAUCAUUGAUAUUUAUCCACCCUGUGUGAAAGGAAAGAAAGAGAAAAAAACUCCCAUUUAUUCAGAAGGAACCAGUCGAGCUUUAGCAGUUUUAAAUGAGCAAGGGCCUGGUGCACAAACGCUGUUCUCUGCUCAACUAGCCCCUGAGAACAAGCCCAAACUGCAUGCCAGGCUGAAGGUUUAUGUGCAAACCAGCACCGGUUUCUUUUUUAAUAGAGUGGAUUAACAAGCCUAGCUGCGACUUAAUGACAUGGCACGUCUAUUUGGCAAAGGGCGGUAGCUCAGUGGCAGUGCACUUGGUUUGCUACACAGGCGGUUUCAGGUUAAACGCCUGGGCUGGAACCAUGGAGAGCAGUGGCUAGUCAGUGUUACCAAUGGCCCAAUGUGGUAUAAGGCUAUGUUGUCGCUUGGUUUUCUGGAUGAUUCCUCCUGCUGGCCUCUGAAGCCCGGCAAAUGCUCUCCUUUGCUAUUCUCUGUCACUGGGGUUGAGCUGAGAUGGACCCUUGGACUCUGCAGGAAUGCUGCAAAUAACAUACAAGCUUGAGUUAAGUAUUAUUAUUAAUUACACUAGUGGCCAAAAUUGUGGAAACCUUUUGGGAAAAGUGUAUUUCUGAGGUUUGAUGGCUCACAACACCACUUUCUUUUUGAGUAGCACCAUAAAAUUAUAUAUCAAUGGAAAGAUAAUUUAAUGAAGAAUGUAAUGCAACAAAGUUUGCUCAGUUAUCUGUAUUCUAUCAAAAGUUAUAGCCAAAUAACCAGAAAAAGGAAGCAUAAGUUGCUUAGGUUGAUAUGCAGUAUGUAACCAAUGAGCAUGAGUGUUUAGAGAGUCAAUCGGGUUUUGUGAGCCAUCAAACCUAGCAAUACUUUCCCCAAAAGGUUCCCACAAUUUUGGCCACUAGUGUGUAUCCCAGCUUGCCUCCAAGAAGCUCAAAGUGACAACAUGGUCCUUUCCCUCCUCAUUUAAUCCUCACAACAACCUUGUGAGGUAGGUAAGGCUAAGACACAGUGACUGGCCCAAGGUCACCCAGUGAGCUGAGUGGGGUUUUGAACCCUGGUCGCCCAAGCCCUACUCUGACACUUGGUGUUUCCUAAAUUUGGGCCUUCAGCUUUUUUUGGACUACAGUUUUCACCAUCCCUGCCCACUGGUCCUGCUAGCUAGGGAUCAUGGGUGUUGUAGUCCAACAACAGCUAGAGACCCAAGUUUGGGAAAUAGUGCUCUAAGCACUAAUCCACACCACAAUACGUGACCCAAGCCCUUGCCUGAAGACACACGAUGCAGUACUUUGCUGUAGCCAAGGUGGUCAGUGCCUGGAUGGGAGAAGGAUGAUGAUGAUGAUGAUGAUGAUAAUAAUAAUAAUACUACAGUGGUACCUCGGGUUAAGUACUUAAUUUGUUCUGGAGGUCCGUUCUUAACCUGAAACUGUUCUUAACCUGAAGCACCACGUUAGCUAAUGGGGCCUCCUGCUGCCGCCGCGCCGCUGGAGCAUGAUUUCUGUUCUCAUCCUGAAGCAAAGUUCUUAACCUGAAGCACUAGUUCUGGGUUAUCAGAGUCUGUAACCUGAAGUGUAUGUAACCUGAAGCGUAUGUAACCCGAGGUACCACUGUAGUAGUAAUAAUAAUAAUAAUAAUAAAUAUAUUAUUUAUACUUUGCCCAUCUGGCUGGGUUUCCCUGUGAACCCAAGUAUGCUACAUGGUUAUGGAUAUAGUUACAUUUUAAAAACUCAUCAGGAGGCCAAAAGUAUGCACUUUAAGGAAGUCUUUCUCUUCCAAUCAAACUUGUUUGUCAGGAUUUCCAAUUGCAAAUUAUCUGAAGGUGCUCCAAGUAGGAUCUGACGGUCUUGAAUGGAUAAUGCAUUUUGGAUUUUCCCUUCUGUUUCCCCCCCCCAGGGUUACCUUGGCACACAUUGGGAUCCUUUCCAUGAUUUGCGGCAGCACGCUGGUAGGCCAGCUUCCAAACGGGGAGUAAGUGGAUAUCCUUUGCAUCAGUAGCUUUGGGAAAAGAAGAGGUUACGAAACAGAAAACAAAACUCCACCUCCGCCUUGGGCCAACCUCUUGCGUCAAUGCAAGCUGUUUCUUAGAAUUAUUGGAAUGCCUAAUUGACAGCUGGGAUUCGCAUAACGUUGUGCUGUGCGAACCUUUAUAAUCUUGUGGGAGCAAGUUUCAUUAUGCGCUGUGUAAAACUAAUGGCCCAUCAGUUUUGCCAGAAAAGUUCUUAUAAACAUACGUGGCUGUGUUUAUAAGAGGGAAAGCAAAGGAGGAAUCUCCAUUUAUGGAGACAUUGAAAUAACAAGCAGAGAGAUGGGAACCAACUGGCGACAGAAUCUUAGAGACUUGGGGUGUAAAAGUAAUUGAUAAGGGGAGUGCGAGAAGAGUGAGAACUAAGUGGGGAGCUGCUGGAUUUUGUAGAGAAGAGGGUGUCCAUUAUUUUUGGGAGGCCACUUUCCCAAAUCAUCCAUUUUCUGAAUAUGUAUCUUUAUAGACAGAGCUACUGAACUGUUUAUUCUUCAGCUUGUUUGGAAUGCUGACUCCUCUUUUGCUAUCAAGAAGUUGAAAUUAGGUUGUGAUGUGUAAAUAACCAGUGCUGCAACUCUUAGAUUCUGGAAAAUGUGGACCUAAUUUAGAUUUCUAAGGCUGCUGUUACACCCAGUUUUUCCUGUUUUGCAGAACGAAAGACUGGCUGAGUGACCUUGUCCACCUCACCUGCUCCCGGAUCCUUGUCAGAGCGCUUUCUGGCAACAUUUAUUACCACAACAAGUGAGUGAAAGAAAACAAAACCCCUUCUCAGGACAGAAGUUAGAUAAGUUCUUUUCUGAUGGUGCCAGGUAGAUCAAGGUGUAUUUUGUUGCUGCUGCUGAUGUACACAUCAGGCAGAAUCAAGUGGUAGAAUGAAUUGUACCACCAGAGUUUACAAGUCUGGGAUCACAUCUUUUUAACAUUCUGUUGCGUAAAAAAACAAAACACCUCUGCAAGUAAACUGCUAGCACAGCAAGGAAUGGAUGGCGCUUCAACUCUUUUAAGCUGAAGUGCUGUUUGCUUAACUUAAAGUAAGUUUUGUGUGUGUUUUUGGGCCCCUCCAGACAGGUGUGUUGUUUUUGCAGGUACAUUCUGCACUACUUCUAUGGUACAUCAGUAGUUCCCUAGUUAAUGGUGGAUUAAUGCUGGGCUGUCCACACAUUCCUUCCACUUCUGCAAUGCAUUAUUGUACUUUUGCGCUGGAGCACAACACAUCUGGGACAACCUGUCCAUCCGUCCCCAGUACAUUUGUGGUCUAAACAGUUACAAAAUUUUUGUGGGAAGCAAAAGGGCAGCCACCAAUUUGAAACAAAGAAAUUAUGUCCACCCUAAAAUCUUUGCAGGCUCAAAUGGUAUGCAGAGUGGGAUUGCACAUAACUGCCCCUGAAAGCAUCAUGAAUACACAGUGAAAAGGACGCUUGGAAGGGCCUGUUGUGUUUUGUUGUGAGAUGGAUUCAGAAACUUCAUUUUUCCCCAGCUGUCUCAAGUGGUACAGCCUACUCUGUCAUCUCUGGGCUCUGUAACCUGCAUGAUGCUUCUGCCCAGUAAGAAGAACAGGGCUUAUCUGGGCUUAUCUUUCCCUGCUCAGAUGUCAGCAUCCUCUUCCGAGUAUAGUCUGUGGGCCUUUGGAAGGGGCAGUGGGUAGUGACAUGAAGCAGGGCCUUUUUGGUGGUGAUGCCUUGACUUUGGAAUGCUCCCAAGGGGGGGGGGAGACUUACCCAGUAGCUAUUAAUAACUUUAUUCCCCACGAAGUUGUCUGAACCUCUUUAAAAGCCAUCCAAGUUGGUGGCCAUAGCUACUUCCCGUAGGAGUAAGUCCUAUAGUUGUAACUAUGCACUGUGUGAAAAAGUGCUUUCUUCUAUCUGUCCUGAAUAUUCAGCUUCACUGGAUGCCUGAGUAUUAUGAGAUAGGGACAAAAACCUUUCUCUAUCCACUUCCUCCACAGCAUACUUAAUUUUAUAAAAGUUUUAUCAUGCCCCCUCUUACUUGACUUUUCCUUGAGCUGAAAGGUCCCACAAGUUGUCUGUGUAGUGCCUGUGUGUGGGCCUUCUGGGGGUUAAAGACCAUUAAAAAAAUGCCAAGUCCAAUUGCUUUCAGAAUACAGUGGUACCUCGGGUUAAGUACCGGAGGUCUGUACUUAACCUGAAACUGUUCUUAACCUGAAGCACCACUUUAGCUAAUGGGGCCUCCUGCUGCUGCCGCGCUGCCAGAGCACGAUUUCUGUUCUCAUCCUGAAGCAAAGUUCUUAACCCAAGGUACUAUUUCUGGGUUAGCGGAGUAUGCAACCUGAAGCGUAUGUAACCCGAGGUACCACUGUAUGCUUUUUAAAGUCUGUGCGCUGCUUUAAAUGUCUUGCUUGUGGCUGAGAAUUGCAGCUUAGAAAUGUUAAAUGUUGACAAAGAAUGCAUUUUCUUUUGACUUUUAAAUGGCAACACUGCUCAUUAAGCCUUUACAGCGAAGAAUACUCACGUGUAACAUGCGGCAGGUUUAUGGGCAUCUCGCAGCUGCUUGUCCCCUACUGCAAAGUUGUGAAAAACUUGUGGUGUCCUCCUGUCAUUUUGCAGGGAGAACAAGCCUAAGAAAGGAGGAAUUUGUGUUGCCAACCACACAUCCCCAAUAGACGUCAUAAUCUUGACCAAUGAUGGCUGUUACGCAAUGGUAUGUCUUAAGUCUCAUGAGUUUUGCAAUUGCAAGGACUGAGAGUUGUAAAGACCUCUGUACAUGAAGCCAGCGUUGAACUGUAGCUACUUCCUAGUUGCUAAUAAUUGAAGCCAUUGCUUCGUGUUGAGUUGAGAAAACUCUUGAUGCAAAAAGGAAGAGGAACUGGUGCAACUGAUUUAGCUAUGCAGCUGCACAGAAGCACUUUUCAUAGUUUUCACCUGUCAGUGCUAUCAGUGUGGAUAACACUUGACAUUGCUUAAGAAAGCAGGUCUCUGUCCAGAGGAGCUUACAGUUGACACUGAGAAACAGAGAAAGAAGAGGCAAGGGUAAAUAGGGAAAGAAAAUGAGGAAGGUUUACUGCUAUAGCGAGGCAGAUAUUCAAAGGCUGUGUCUUACCUGUGUGUAGGGUUUCCAGAAAAAUAGCUCCCCAUGCAAAACAAACAAAUAUUGUUGACAUGCUUGCCCAAUUCACUGCCACGAAGGCUUUGUUCAGUGGUGUCCAAACUUUUUUCAGAGAGGGCCAUAUUUGAUGAAGUGAAAGGCCAUGAGGGCCGAUUAACCAAAGUUGUUAACCUUUGAACUUUUUAAAGGAUUUUACCCCAGGAAAUAAAUUGCCACAGGGGCCAGAUUAAAUUGACCAGUGGGCUGAAUUGGGCCCCUGAAAUUGUCUUUGGACAUGCCUGGCUUUGUUAAUCAAACAAGUGGCAAAGGCCCCAUCUGCACCCUGCCUUUAAAACAAUGUUCCAUCACGUGGAAGAUGGAGCAAGCUUGCUUUCUCCUACUCUGGAGAGCAGGACCAAACCAAUGGAUUCAAGUUACAAGACAAGAGAUCCUGACUAAACGUCAGGAAGGGCUUUCAGACAGUAAGAGCUGUUUGACAGUGGAACGGUCUCCCUCAGGAGGUUGUAGACUUUCCUUCCUUCGAGGUUUUCAAGCAGAGGUUGGACGGUCAUCUGUCAUGGAUGCUUUAGCUGAGAUCCCUGCAUUGCAGGGGGUUGGAAUAGAUGACUUAAGGGGUCCCUUCCAACUCUACAAUUCUAUGAUUCUAUGAAUAAGGGAAGUGACAGUAACGUGCAGUAGGAAGUGUGAGAUAACCACCUCCCCGACACAACGUUGUUAACCUCCCAGCAAGCAGAACAGAAUGGAAGCUCAAAAACCAGAUUGUGGGCACUUAAAGAUGACAUAAUCAUGUCCUUCAAGAAUGACAUCACUUUCAAUGCAUGGGGCGGGGGGGAUCAACUCCACUCACAAGGCUCCUUUAUAGUUUUAAAAGGGAACUAUUUUGAAGGAACUCCCUGUUGAUUUGAUUUUGUCUUUUUUUUGGUGGGGGGACCUUACAGGUGGGCCAAGCUCAUGGGGGCCUAAUGGGUGUUAUUCAGAGAGCCACCGUCAAAGCCUGCCCACAUGUUUGGUUUGAACGCUCCGAAAUGAAAGAUCGCCACCUGGUGACGAAAAGGUAUGGGCUUUGUUGUUGUUUUACCCGAACACCAAGAGACAAAUGGCUGUGGGUUGCUCUAAAGCAGGGGUCAGCAAACUUUUUCAGCAGGGGGCCGGUCCACUGUCUCUCAGACCUUGGGGGGCGGACUAUAUUUUUUUGGGGGGGGGGGAAUGAACGAAUUCCUAUGCCCCACAAAUAACCCAGAGAUGCAUUUGAAUUUGAAUUGAUUUGAUUUAAACUGAUUUUAUAAUGAAUUGAUUUUAGAAUGCUGUAUUAUUUUAUUGUUGCCAGCAGCUCUGAGCCCGGCUUCGGUUGGGGAGGGCGGGAUAUAAAUAAAUUUUUUUAUUAUUAUUAUUAUUAUUAUUAUUAUUAUUAAAUAAAAGGACACAUUCUACUCAUGUAAAAACACCAGGCAGGCCCCACAAAUAAUCCAGAGAUGCAUUUUAAAUAAAAGGACACAUUUUACUCAUGUAAAAACAUGCUGAUUCCCGGACCGUCCAUGGGCUGGAUUGAGAAGGCGAUUCGGCUGGAUCUGGCCCCCGGGCCUUAGUUUGCCUACCCAUGCUUUAAAGCUAACAUAUUUGUACGCUUCUUAUUUACUGCACGGAAAAGUGUGGCGCUCCUUGUGUUAACUGACAUCGGGGAUUAGAAAAGUAAGGUAAGAAAGAGGGCCAGGCUAAUGGUGUGCAGUCUCUCUGAAAUGUCAUUGCGUUAGUUCUGUCCAUUCAUAAGCUUGCAAAUGCAAAUAAAGGUAUAGUCUGCCUCAGGGUGGAUUUGAUUUAGCUCAAAUCAAUUUAAGUCACGAUUUAAAUCACUAGUCAGUAAAGCUUAAUUUAAAUCUCUUUUUUUUUUUGCAGAAACACUCAUUCUUGUUGAUAUAAUCUUAAUAUUUACAACCAGUUGAAGGUUUCAUUUUCGGAAUGAUAAAUUUUCAGAGUAGUUUUUUCAGUUAUAUCAGAAAUUCCUGCUUUGGUUAUACUAUUAGAAAUACAUAGAGAGUUAAUUAUGAAAUUAUUUUGAGGUUUAAUGAGUUAACUGUGUAUAUUUCGACAAUUUUUCUGAUGUACUUUAUUGGAAAGGGAAAAAUAAUCAUUAGUAACAAUUUACACAAUGUAUUUAACUAAAACAAUAACAUUAUAGCAUAUGUAUCCAUGUUUGUUAACUGAUGUGGUUAAACAUUUUUUUUUUUAAACUGAGUUUUAGCACACAUGAAAAACGUAAAACAAAUCCUUAUUUCCUGAUGAAUAGCCUUUGGACUAUAAUGUAACUUAAAUAGAAAAUUAUAUUUAGAAAGAUUUUUCCUCCAAAAGGAUUUUAUUUUAAAAAUAAAAAAAAUCUGAUAUAUAUAUAUAAACAUUGUUUUUUAAGCACCCUGGUCUGCCUUAUCUCUGGGCAAAACUGACGAAACGGCCUCGGCCCAGUAUACCUGAAGGAACGUCUCUGUCCCCAUCGUUCUGCCCAGACACUGAGGUCCACCUCUGAGGGCCUUCUGGCAGUUCCCACCCUCCAAGAAGUGAGGUUACAGGGAACCCGGCCUUUUCGGUAGUGGCGCCCACCCUGUGGAAUGCCCUCCCAUCAGAUGUCAAGGAAAUACAACUAUCUGACUUUUAAAAGACAUCUGAAGGCAGCCCUGUUUAGGGAAGUUUUUAAUGUUUAAUUCUAUAUUGUGUUUUUAAGAUUUGGUUGGGAGCCGCUCAGAGUGGCUGGGGAAACCCAGCCGGAUGGGCGGGGUAUAAAUAAUAUACAAUAUUAUUUAUUGCUUGUUCAACUGCUGGCUGGAGUGAAGCAGCUGCAAAAGUGCUUUGCAAACCCACAUGCAGCUCCUUGAAUAUCCUGGCUUACUAAACCAAACCCCUCUGGCAAGUCCAUGCAGCUGUUUUGCAGCCACUGCCAACAAUAAAAAUAAAAAUAAAAAUAAAAAUAAAAAUAUUUAUUUAUACCCCGCCCUCCCUGGCCAGAUCCGGGCUCAGGGCAGCUAACACCAGUAAAAUUACAGUAAAAACAUAAUAGGAAAAAACCCAAUUUAAAAUACAGGUUAAAAUGCAAUUUAAAACCUUACCUUCCUUCUGUUGGUAAAAUUUCUUCCCCACCCACACCAAACUGAAAUGAUGCUUUGAAGAGGAGGACCUUGAAAGGUACCUCCCGAUCUGAGAACCACUUGGCCUGCUUGACUCUUAAAUAUUUCACUGCACAGCACAGAGCUAAGGUGUGCAAUUUGCUCCUGCAAGGUGUUGCCAAUGGCCUCUGGCUUGGAUGGCUUUGAAAGAGGAUGUUGCCAUCAAAGGCUACUGCUUGUGGGCUUCCCAUGGUGGCAUCUGGUUGGCCACUGUGAGAACAGGAUGCUGGAUUAGACCUUUGACCAGCAACCCUCUACUUAUGUUCUGAGUUAUUGGAAACAGAUUAAUUCCAAGAGACCCUCUUGAGUACUGAGGCAAAAACUGAAAUAUUUCUCCUUUUCUUUCAGGUUGAGGGAACAUGUUGCGGAUAAGGAGAAGCUGCCCAUUUUAAUUUUUCCAGAAGGUAAAACACACUCUUCUGUUCCCUCAUUUGUGGGUUAAUAACAAUUACGAUACGAUACGAUACGAUACGAUACGAUACAGAACAACGAAAUUGAAAAAUCUACAUCAGACAUUCAAAAACCAACACGCCUGCUAACCCAGCUAUCCCAGCCUGGUUAACCCCCUAAAAACUCUGAUACCCCAUAAUUAAAUACAAUAUACUCCCAUAGAGACUACCUUACACUGUGUUUAAAACCAAAAUCGUAUUUGGAUAGAAACUGUUUCUCAGGCGGCUAGUCCUAGUCUUUAUAACCCUGAACCUUCUUCCAGAAGGCAGAAGCUGAAAGAGAUCAUUUCCGGGGUGCGCACUAUCCUGCACUAUCUCUGCAGCUUUCUUAUGACACCUGGAAGCAUAGAUUUGAUCCAAGGUGGGAAGAGUGCACCCAAUUAUUCUCUCCGCAGUCUUUACAACCCUGGACAGCAUUGUUUUCCCCCUGACCGUGCAGCUCCCAAACCACACACACAGACCAUAAGUUAAUACUGUCUAAGUCGCGCUUGGACUCUUCCCUCGCCGUGAGGCGUUCCCCUCAGGUUGGUUACAUCAAAUUCCUGUGAGAACAUCCUCACUUGUGACAGUUUUAUGGAGGAAAACAGCAGAAUAUGACUGUAAACAGUGAGAUCGUAAUACGAGGCCCGUGUGCCUCCUCCAUGAGAGGUCCGGAGGGUGGCUACACAAGAGCAGGCCUUAUCUGUGGUGGCUCCCCGUUUGGGGCAUGCUCUCCCCAGGGAAGUUCAACUGGUGCCUUUCAAAAGCAUUAUAACCAGGCCUUUGGCCUAAUUUAACUAUCUGUGGCCACUUAGCAGCGGGCCACAGGCAUCGCAUGCAGAUACAUGAAAACCAAGAGAAAUAAGUUAAUUUCUUAUUUUCUCUUGGUUUUCACGUGUCUGCAUGGGGUGUUCUUGUCUGGGUGGUUGUACGUUGCUUUAGUUAGCCCUGGGCAAGGUAAUGCGACAAACAAUUCAACAAAUAAUAAUGAUGAAUACAUAAAUAAUAAAGGCGACGUAGCUGAGCUUCUCUCUGGCCUUGCCCCUGUCCUGCCCCCGAUACGUGGAUUGGCAUCCAGCAUGUACCCCUUGUCAGGGGAGUCCUUAGCGUAUGUGCCGCCGGGGUGCAAAAAUCCACCCAGCGCCCCCAAAUUUAGUUUAGUCCCCAAAUUAACUUUUACAGUGGACGCUCGGGUUGCGAACAUGAUCCGUGCGGGAUGCACGUGCAGGUUGCGAUUCGGUGCUUUUGUGCGUGCGCAAAGCGCGAUUUACUGCUUCUGUGCGUGCGCAACCUGAAACGGCUGUAACCCGAGGUACGACUAUUGUGCUUAUGUCAGACACCAUGCUUACGCCUUAUCUCUUGUUCACGAAAGGAAGGGAGGAAAAAGAAACAAACUGUAUUUUUUAAAUUUAUUUACUGACAAGCGCCGCCAUUUUAAAUGACAAGCGCCGCCUCCGGCACGGCGCGUCUUUGGUAAAUGAGCGCACAAAGUCGAAAGUCCUUUAGUGAAGCAGGUACACAUUUCGGUAAUACCUAGGUAUAUAUGUAUUUUGUUUUUCUAGUUUGAUCAAAAUUAUUUAUUACUUCAUAACAGGUAGAUAAGAGCUUAGGCGGCUUCAGCGGCGGGCCCCUGGCGCUCCCCAGAAUUGGGCGCCCAAGGGCCCCUCACCCCUGGGUAAAGAUUGCCCUGUCCCUUGUGUAGACAUUAUUGAGCUGGAUAAACCCAUGGCCUGGCUUUGCAUAAGGCGGCUCCCUGUGUUCCAUUGUCGUUCACGGAACAACUCCAGCUUGCACAAUGGAAGUUGCCCUCCCUCUUCUUCCCCAGCUCCCCACCCCCAGCCCGCAAAAUAAAAAUAAAAAUAAAAUAAAAUAAAAAUAUGGUAGGGAUGUAAGGAGAGAAUAAAGAUCCAUUGAGCAAUCAAAAGUUCUGGCAUGAUCGGGUCAACUUAGUUCAAUACAGCCUUCUGCAACUCAGGACUAAGGCGAAUAAUGCUCCAUCUGGGGUUUGUGUUUACUGAUUGCUCUGUCUUUUAUUUAUUUUUUAAAAAACCAGGCACUUGUAUAAACAACACCUCGGUCAUGAUGUUUAAAAAGGGAAGCUUUGAAAUCGGUGGCACAAUCUACCCAGUUGCUAUCAAGGUAAGAACACGCAAAAAUGUUCUAGGUUCUAGAAGGUUUUUUAGCCAAUUCUAGCCGGUUCUUAGGACAGCUAUUCCUAGUGCCCUUUGGAUGUGUUGAACUCCACAUCCCAUCAUCCCUGAUCACAGGCUAUGUUGGCUGAGGCCACUGAGAGUUGGAGACCAGCAACAUCUGGAGGGCAACAGCUUCCCCAUGUUUUCCCAGCAAGGUGUGGCUGCUGCUGGAUCUCAUGGAUUCCAGCGCAGGCAUGGAAGUCUGGAGAUGCCUCCAGACAGGUUCAAGAUACAUUAAACUGGACGAAGAUGCAAGUGAGAGCCAGCAUCAGGAAGCUCAGCUUCCUCCAUCCCUGAGCAUUGCUAAAAAGGGACUAGGCAGAGGAAUGAAUGAAACGCAACCAGUCUUUUCCUGUUCUUACAUCUGAAAGCAGAUUUGUCUCUUUCAAGUGUGCCAUAAACCCAUGGCACCAAGUCCAGUACAGUGGUACCUCAGGUUAAGUACUUAAUUCGUUCUGGAGGUCCGUUCUUAACCUGAAACUGUUCUUAACCUGAAGACCACUUUAGCUAAUGGGGCCUCCCGCUGCUACCGCGCUGCCGGAGCACGAUUUCUGUUCUUAUCCUGAAGCAAAGUUCUUAACCCAAGGUACUAUUUCUGGGUUAGUGGAGUCUGUAACCUGAAGCGUCUGUAACCCGAGGUACCACUGUACUAACUAGCUACAGACUACAGUCAAACCUCGGUUGUCGAACGUUACCCGUUCCGGAAGACCGUUGGACUUCUGAAACGUUUGAUGACCGAAAACUGAAAGUGGAAGCCUCAAUACAAUAGGGCGGCUUGAGUAUAAUUAGCCAGCUCCCCACCACUCUUUUCCUCCCCAAAUUUUUUUAUUCAUUUUAUAACACAACUAAACAACACAAACAGAAAAAACAAACAAUACAAACAAAUUCUUACCUUAUCCUUAUUUUUUCUAAACAUUGUUAGGUGGGCUUCCCCAAGUCCCCCCGUCUGAUUUUCAUUUUACCUUAUCUUUUGCAGUUUACAUAUAUCAUAAUUUUUAACCAUUUUUUUUAAUCAUGCUUACUUUUACCAUAAAAAUCUUCACAUUUUAUCACUUACAAAUAAUACUGUUUUAAAAUACACUAUCUUCUACUUCUAACUCUACAGCCUAUAUCCACUUCCAAAGCUAUUCUAAGAUUUAAAUACAGUGGUACCUCGGGUUAAGUACUUAAUUCGUUCCGGAGGUCCGUUCUUAACCUGAAACUGUUCUUAACCUGAAGCACCACUUUAGCUAAUGGGGCCUCCUGCUGCUGCCACGCCACUGGAGCACGAUUUCUGUUCUUAUCCUGAAGCAAAGUUCUUAACCUGAAGCACUAUUUCUGGGUUAGCGGAGUCUGUAACCUGAAGCGUAUGUAACCUGAGGUACCACUGUAUUAACAUAUUUUUUUCAGAUAUUCUUUAAACUUUUCCCAGUCUUCUUCCACCGUCUCUUCUCUCUGGUCUCGGAGUCUCCCAGUCAGUUCAGCAAGUUCCAUAUAUUCCAUCAUCUUCAUCUGCCAGCUCCCCACCACUCAUGAAUGCUAACCUUGCAAGCCAAAUGGGGGGAGCCUGCCGGACCUCAUUGUGCCCAUAGGUGAGAGGUUGUCUCACCACUGGCCUAAUGGUUGCCCCCCCCUCACCCUUUGAACUCUUGGUUAACUUCUCACAGCCCUACACCGUUUGGGAAUUUCUGCUCCCUUCCAAAAACGCUCUUUCUAACACGGCUUGUGAAAUGGCCCUUUUCACGUUGGCCGUGAGCGUGACUCUCAAAUGCUGUCCUCCUCUUGUAGUACGACCCCCAGUUUGGCGACGCCUUCUGGAACAGCAGCAAGCACGGCAUCGUCAGCUACCUUCUGCGAAUCAUGACCAGCUGGGCCAUUGUGUGCCACGUCUGGUACCUGCCGCCGGUGACGAGAGAGGUAUCUGCCCUUUUUUGCAUUGUUGGCGGGUUGGCACAGACACUGCCGUUUAAGAAGCAGGAGGAACGGCCCAUAUUGGUGCCUUUAUAACUUUUGGGGGCAAGCUAACCAGGGAUGCAAGGGACGCGAAUGGCACUGUGGGUUAAACCACAGAGCCUAGGACUUGCUGAUCAGAAGGUCGGCGGUUCGAAUCCCCGUGACGGGGUGAGCUCCCAUUGCUCGGUCCCUGCUCCUGCCAACCUAGCAGUUCGAAAGCACGUCAAAGUGCAAGUAGAUAAAUAGGUACCGCUCCGGCGGGAAGGUAAACGGUGUUUCUGUGCGCUGCUCUGGUUCGCCAGAAGCGGCUUAGUCAUGCUGGCCACAUGACGUGGAAGCUGUAUGCCGGCUCCCUCGGCCUGUAGAGUGAGAUGAGUGCCGCAACCCCAGAGUCAGCCACGACUGGACCUAAUGGUCAGGGGUCCCUUUACCUUUUAACCAGAGAUGCUGUUUUGAUUGUCAACCCCCUUCUCUCCCUCUCCUGGCUAAACUUGAGAAGCCCGCAGUUGACUUCCUUAUUGCAUUUAUAUGUGGGUUACAGACAACUGCGUUCUGUUUCUUUCUUUGCAGGAAGGAGAAGAUGCCGUUCAGUUUGCUAACAGGGUGAAGUCUGCUAUCGCUCGUCAAGGAGGACUUACAGAAUUGCCCUGGUGAGAAAAGUUAGACUAUAUCCAAGAGAGGAGAGAGAGAGAGAAAUUAGAGAGUACUCUGCAAAAAUUUAGUGCCUUAAAUUUCAGCAGUAGGUGGUAAUGACCUAGAAUUCAGUUUGCCAUUUGUCUUGAAUGCUUUAGUUGAGAUUCCUGCAUUGCAAGGAGUUGAACUAGACGACCCUUGUGGUGCCUUCCAGCACUACAGACCUAUGAUUCUAGAAGUAACAGUGCAGGCCUAACCAGGUCUGCUCAGAAGUAAGCCCUAAUCAGUUCAAUGGUGCUCACUCCCCAGUAAAUGGCACUUAGGAUUGCAGUCUUGAUCUGCUCUGAGCACUGCCUACAAAUGCAAUAAAGGUAAAGGGACCCCUGACCAUUAGGUCCAGUCAUGACCGACUCUGGGGUUUCGGCGCUCAUCUCGCUUUACUGGCUGAGGGAGCUGGCAUACAGCUUCCAGGCCAUGUGGCCAGCAUGACUAAGCCGCUUCUGGCAAACCAGAGCAGCGCAUGGAAACGCUGUUUACUUUCCCGCCAGAGUGGUACCUAUUUAUCUAUUUGCACUUUGACGUGCUUUCGAACUGCUAGGUUAGCAGGAGCAGGGACCGAGCAACUGGAGCUCACCCCGUCGCGGGGAUUCAAACCACCGACCUUCUGAUCGGCAAGCCCUAGGCUCUGUUGUUUAGACCACAGCGCCACCCGCGUCCCUAACAAAUGCAGUAGUGUCUAGCUGAACAGAUCUGCGAUUGCAAUGACUUUUGGUUGUGCAACGGCCUUCUCCUUUCACCUCUCUCUCCACAUACCCCUUUAAGUUCCUGCAGUCCUUUGUAGCAUAUGACCUGGAUAGCUCAGUUGGUUAGAGCGUGGUGCUGAUAAUGCCAGGGUUGCAGGUUCGAUCCCUGUGUGGGACAGCUGCAUAUUCCUGCAUUGCAGGGGGUUGGCUUUCAACCCUCCAAUUCUAUGAUUUGGGGAGAGAAGAGGGAGACGUUCUGUUGGGAAUCCUUGCGCUAGCCAGCCUUCUUAAGAGUGCCAUCUUUAUUCUGCUUCAUACAUUUCCCUUUCUGCCCUGUUCUUUUAAGGGACGGAGGUUUGAAACGAGCCAAAGUCAAGGAGACUUUCAAGGAAGAGGAGCAGAAGAACUACAGCAAGAUGAUAAUAGGAAAUGGAGCCUUGUCGAGUCGACCAGCAGACUCUGACUGAUCUCUUCUGGCGGACGCUUUUCAUGCCUCAUCGCUAUAGAAAUGUGUGGAUUGUUUCCCCCCCAUUAGAAAAGAGAAGAAAUCAAAGCACCAAGUAUGGGGAGAGCCAAGGCAUCGCUUUGUUUUCCCUUCAGCUGUGGCUUGUUGGUUUUGCCACUGUCCGCCGGUGAAUUCUUGCUUUUGAUGUCUGGGAAAAGAGGACUGGAUUGAAGCAGAAUGGAAAAAUCCCAGGCAGCAACUUCUGAAUGUUUGCCCAAGGGGGAUUGUAGAUAAUGAUUAUAAUAAUAAUAGUAAUAAAAAUCGAGCCCAAGUUAUGUAGUUUGUACAAAUAACAGUCAACGUUGUUUAAGUGGUUAUGGAAAGUUUGGAAAACUCCUCUACGGUCACUCUGAUGGAUUGCUGUGUGUUGAUUGUUUGAAUAGGUGGUCUAACAUUUCGAUGGCUUGUUUUCGAUGGGUGUAUUUUUGUUGUUGCCGAGAAGUUUUUAGCGAGGAAGUGAAUGUCAUUUAGUGUUACCAGGAUGAACAGCUAGAAAAAUGAAACCUUGACUGGUGGCUAUUCUUGACAGUUGCAGUGAGGAACAAAACAGCCUGCAGACAUUGUUUUUAUUUUUGUUCUGUUAAAAAGGUUGCUUCUUAUAGAAAUCCCCUCCAUCUUUCAGAAGAACUGUCUGGAAAAAAUGUUUGAUCCAGUCUGGGGGGCCUCUGUCCCACUGCUCGCGGAACAGAGAAGAGCAAGUGGUUCAAAUGCUCAAUUAUUUUUUUUAAAAAAAUCACUGCUCCCUUUGUAAUAAAACGCUGAAAAAUUGGAAGGGGAAAAAAUAGUGGAGGUAAACAGUGUCUGAUGAAAUGCACUUCUUCCAUGGUCUGUGUUGGCAGCAGCCCUUUAUGUGUAUCUGUCACUUCCUGUGUGAGAAAUGUUAUGUUGCCUUAUUGUAAAUUGAAAUAAAUUCUAUAUUUCUACUAGUGGUA